CGUGCGUAGCGGUCUACACCGACUAGAUCUGGGCUGCAUCUUCAGAAGACGCAUUUUUCGUUACUCCUCUAACCUUAAGGGGGCUUUUUAGCUUUUGGUUAGCUCUCCGUUUCUGGAAAACAUCUGAAUCAUUUUAUAACCAAAGCCAGCUGCUGCACAAGUCAAUGCAUGCGUGUGAGUGAGUGUGUGUGUGUAUUCGUUUGUAUGAGGAAGAGGGAGAGAGUGUGAGAGUAUCUCUUCGCUUUGCUCUCCAAGAAGGAAGGAAAGAAAGGGGGAAAAAACGCUUGGACGUCUUUUUCUUUCUCUUCCCGAACUUUUUUUUUUUUAGGAAUGAACGCCGAGACGUGCGUUUCAUACUGCGAAAUGACAUCCAUGGAUUCAUAUUAUAGCCCAUCUGCAACGCAAGGUAGGGAUCACCAGGCGAAUCCUUUCAGGACAUUCCAGGCGAGUGACACCAAAUACAGCCCCGCUUUCCUGACCAACAAAGGUCAGGCGUUCGGGGAAAAAUCUGGGAGCCCGUUCCAGCAAGAGUGCCAGUCAUUGGAUGUCACUGCUGGGGAAGGCACCUUUAACAAAUACCACCUCUUCAUGCAGAGGUCCUCCUGCAAAACUCCCCCAGACAGCAGCAAACUCCAGCAGGACAGCGGACACAACGGAGGGCUCAUCGAGUGUUAUGGUAAAGACAGCACAGGGCUGACAGAUUCUGAGUUACCCCAAAACAGUGAUCCUGCAGGGAUGGAUGGCAGCUACCUCAGCGUAAAGGAGUCAGGAGUGAAAAGCCCUCAGCAGCCAAACUCAGAGCUGGCUUCUCCGUUAGACAAGGCUGAGGGAGAGAGCAACAAGGGCAAGAAAAGACGCAACCGUACCACCUUCACAAGCUAUCAAUUAGAGGAGCUGGAGAAAGUCUUUCAGAAAACACACUAUCCCGACGUCUACGCCCGGGAACAACUCGCACUGAGGACUGACCUGACAGAAGCUCGAGUACAGGUGUGGUUCCAAAACCGCAGAGCCAAGUGGCGGAAGAGAGAACGUUUCGGACAGAUGCAGCAGGUCCGGACACAUUUUUCCACGGCCUACGAAUUGCCCAUUCUCACUAGGCCUGAGAACUACGCUCAGAUUCAGAACCCUUCUUGGAUAGGCAGCAGCAGUGCGGCAUCUCCGGUCCCCGGCUGUGUUGUACCCUGUGACUCGGUCACUUCCUGCAUGCCGCCUCAUCCACAUGCUGCUGCCGGAGUGUCUGACUUCUUGGGUGUGCCCAGUCCUGGAGGUCACAUGGGACAGACACACAUGGGCAGCUUGUUUGGGAGUCCAGGCAUGAGCACUGGCAUUAAUGGGUACGAUCUAAACAUGGACCCCGACCGGAAAUCCUCCAGCAUCGCGACCCUGCGAAUGAAAGCUAAAGAACACAGCGCAGCCAUCUCUUGGGCUACAUGAUCAGGACAUUAUCCAUCAACAAAUAAGAGAAGGAGCAAAUGUGAACAUCGGUUAGCCACAAAAGCAUGACCUGGAAACAAGGAGAGCAUGGAUUGACAAAGAAAAGAAAAGAAAAGUAAUAGAAAUGCCAGGAGAUUUAUUUGCAUGUGAAGUCUAGAGAGACAACAGAAAAUCAGAGAUCAUAAAACUGAGAAUGUUCUGGCUUUGAAAGAAGAAAGAAAUACAAGAAAGACGACAAACUUGACAUCUGAAUGCAUACAAGAAUUAAAUGAAAAAGAAAAAAUGAAUAGAAAAAAAAA